AUGGCGGGGCUACACGACUUCCACCAAGGCAGCCACUGUCACAGGAAAACCUGGAUUAAAAUACUACUAGGAAUACUUCAAAUACUUCUACCACACGUCCAGCAUGGAGGGGCUCAGCUGCAAGCUUUGGGUCAGAUGUCCACCAGUGUUGUUGAAGUCUGGCAACCAGAGGAGUCGGACCCAUUCGUCCCACUACAGGUGAUUGAGGAGAGAAGAAAAGACGGUCUUCCACUAGAAGACAGCUCCUCUCCAUAUACACAUGAGAAUGGGAUGCCUCUGCAUAUUCAGCCCCCAGUGUUGGAUUUUGGAACACAGCCGCUCGGGUUGCCGAGAGCUGAAACCAUAUAUAUACACAACCCCAGUCAGGAAGUUCCUGUGACCCUGCUGUCGAUGUUUACAUCCAGCAGGCAUUUUUACAUACCUUCCUUUCACAGAAGAGUGAUCCCACCAAAGGGGAAGGCAUCUUUUAAACUAAUUUUCCUCCCAUCUGAGGAGGGCAAUGUAGAAAACACAUUAUUUAUAAACACAUCAGCCCAUGGGCUGCUUUCAUACCAGGUUUUUGGUGUGGGAGGCCACCAAACCUCAUUAAAAUCAUCCCAAAGAAAAGAAAGCCUCCUAUUAUUUCCUCACAUCCAGAGCAUAAAGCUGACCCAAACUCAGGAAGAUGCCUCUAACAUCACCAUUUUGGGUCUACUCCUGGAGUGCAGCUUACCGAAGAGUUUUCUGAGCAGCCCUCAGGGGUCCUGCCUCCAAAAUGAGGAGCGUCUCAGUCUGCAGAUUCAUCUGUCUGCCCGUGGUGACCAGCCUGCUGAACUUGACAAACUGAAGCCCUACGUCAUCGAGCACAUCUUGUUCCUGCUGGUCGUUCCUGCGGCUGGGUCAGCAGCAUUUGGGGAUGCAAAAAUAGCAGUUUAUAUGUUAAAUUCAGGAGCAAAGAAGCUCUAUAUAAAGGACAUACAGGUGUUGUCAAAGGUGGAGGCCAGCCUCAACUUUAACAAGGUUCUUCUGAGACCAGAGGCAAAAAACUUCACUCAAGUGGCCACCUUAGCAUGCACAGGGUUAUUGCCAGGCCAUGGACAGAAAUGCAUAAGCCAUAUCAGUUUAAAAAUGAUGGGAAACAGGACAACCUAUGGCUUCCCGGGAUUAUAUAUCACACACAGAUGGCCAGUAGGAGAUUUGUUCAGUUUGUUUCAGAUGAGACAAAGAAGCAGCAAUCGGAUGGAGCUGUGGUUCUCCAACCCUCACCCCCUGCCUUUCACCGUGAUAAACGCUACUCUAUCAGAGGGGUCAAAGGGAGCACUAAAGGUGGUGAACUUUAGCAGUCCAUUGAGAGUUUCCACAGGCUGCUGGCAUAUCCUCUCCCUCCAGCUGCUCAACAGGACUCUACCUCUGAACCACAUGCUGACUCUGAGUCUGGACACCAGCCUUGGCACCAGUCUGCUUCUUCCUUUCUACUUUCAUUCUACUUCAUCAAAGGAGGAAGUGGUGUUUGAGGCUGAACACGAAUGUGCACGACAGUGUCCUCUUCGCUUAUCUGAAGCAGGACGCUUAGAGUGGCAGCGCUCUCUUCUGCCAGACUUCUUCGCCUCAUCCUGGUCUGUAGACAGAAAACUGGCUGCAGAGAUCUGCUCUCGAUGGAGGAGUCACGUAGACAAAUUGCCUUGCAGAUGGCCCAGGCUUCCUGUGGAGGGAUCCUCUCCUCUUAUCUUUGGUGCUACGCCCGUCAAUGAGAGUAAAGUAAAAACAUUCUUGCUGAAGAAUCCAUCGCCUUCAGUGGUUUCGGUGGAGAUACGAAUACUUUCUCUCUACCCUUCUCCUGGUGAAGCUCUGGACCUUCUAACCAAAUGGUUUAAUAUGAGCUCCCAAACCGUCAACAUGAGCACAGAAGAGUUUUCUCUGCUGCCCUCUCCUCCAAAUGCAGGUGAGAGCGAAGCAGACGUAACAGGAGAGGGUGUCCUGCGUUUGCUGCUGCAGCCAUGGGAGACCAGAGAGGUCGUUGUGGCGUUUAGGCCCACCGAACACAAACCAACCACCACUAUUCUGAUUAUCAGGAACAACCUGACUGUGUUUGACAUGGUGGUCCUACAAGGCCACGGGGCCAAAGAGCUGCUAAGAGUCGGAGGAAAACUGCCCGGCCCGGGAGCCUCUCUACGAUUCAACGUUCCUCAGUCCACUCUGAUGGAGUGUCGUGACGGCCUGCGCACCACUAAGCCUCUCUUUGCAAUCAGGAAGAGUUUUAAGGUGGAGAACGCCGGAGAGCUUCCUUUGACAGUCAUGUCCAUGAAUAUUAAUGGUUACUCCUGCCAGGGGUAUGGCUUCGAGGUGCUUCAGUGUCAUUCCUUUAGCCUUGAGCACAACACCUCCUCUGAGAUAACAAUUGCGUUUACACCAGACUUCACGUCAUCCUGGGUGAUUCGUGACCUCACCCUGGUGACAUCUCGGGGCAGCUCUUUCCCGUUCACCCUCAAUGUGACACUUCCCCACCACAUGUUACCUCUCUGUGCUCAGGUGGUACCGGGCCCCAGCUGGGAGGAAACCUUUUGGAUUGUCACUCUCAUAUUCACAUGCUUCUCCUUGGUUGGUGUGUGUCUGAUGGCCUUUCAUCAGGCUCAGUAUAUCCUCAGGGAGUUCUCUGCUCCUAGCAUCAGGAGCAACCACAACUCUGUCCUUUCCCGGGAGAACAGUUCUGUCAAUAAUAUCACCCCCAAUGGAGUCAAUAAAUCCAAAGGCAGCUGUAAGACCUACAUAGACACCUGUCACACUUCUGAUAAAGGAAAGGGGCGGGGCUCAUCUGCUUUGGCCAACAGCCCCACCCCUCGUUCUCAGUCCUCGAAGAAGGGCUCCUCAGCCUCCACCUCCCAAACACAAAAGAAACACAAAGUGUCACUUUAUUACACAAAACAUAAGCCCAGCUCAGCCACAGCUACAGCUGCAACCAUGGAUGAAGAACAUGAGGACCUCACACCAGAUAGUUCCCUCACCCCAGACUCCUGCGACAACAACAACCAACCGGCUUUCAUCAGCGAGAUGGAUAAAAAGACAUCCCCAGGCUUCACAGAAGACGUCCAGGGCAACAUUGAACACAGCAUGUCAGCAGCAGUUAUGUUUCCCGUGGAAAUACCUGCUGGUUUCACUGAAAAUGUCACAAUGGGUGCAGGACCCAGACCGAGCCUGUUAAUCUGCAGUCCUGUGGAGAGCAGCUGCAGCGAGAAAAGGGACACUUCAGAGCUGGAGAUCCAUUUCGCAGAAGAUGCUAAAGAUCAGAAAAAGAAAGCUCUGAAUACAGAGAUGGGCACAGCAAUGGGGAAUAAUAAUAAGGGAAAGAGGAGUCGAAGAAAGACAGAAAAUGUCUCCAGUCCUCCUGAGCACAAUGUUAUUACAGUACCAGAAAGGGAGAAGGAGCCAGAAUGGAAAUCAGGGGAACGCAACAUAAUCAGAAACCACAACAGAAACCGUUGCUGCAACGGUUUUCUGCCAGAAGUGCUGAAGACAGGACAAGGUGCUGAAAACCUGCUUAAACAAAAUGGUGUUUGUCCAAGUCGCAGCCGGCGAAGGUGUGGAGCAGAGCGACGCACUGGGGGAGUGUCAGAGUCGGGCUCAGACUCCGGCAGUUCGUCGGGCGGUGUGAGGGCCAGCAGAGGCAGCUGGGGAAGCUGGAGCAGUGCGAGCAGCAUGGAGGGAGACAAGGACCACAGUGCUCGAACGCAAGCCUGUGCUACCUCAUCUAGAAAAAGAGAUUCCACGCAGUACUCUGUCUACCCCACAGACAGGGACUGCUACCAAACCAUCAAUAACAAUAACAAGGCCUCAAGCUCAAACAUUUUGUACAGCAAAGACACGUGCCAAAGCCCAGACCCAGCUCCAUCAAACUUUGUCCCCAGCUUUGCUGAUGUUGCUGCAGGAAUGGACAGGAAUAUGGGUCAUUAUGUGCCUGAAGACACGUGGUCUGCUCCAUCAAUUCCUCUAACCAAUGAGUUCAGGUACAACACAACAGAAGCCCAGCCCUACAUACCUCAGCCACCAGUCACUGCAUCUUACAACGGGUUCACUUGGACUAGUGCCAACAAUCAUUGUAACAGUCCCUGCAGCUACAUAGGUAAUGGACCGUUUCACAGUGGUUUCCCCAAUCAAGAGGGGCACAACAUCCACGGCAAUCAGAGCAGCUGGACGGAGGAGCAGCCUCAGGAAUCCCCCACAACCUGGAGCUCAGCAGCAUGUGUGGGCAGCAAGCCAUAUUUCUCGGGGACCCGCAGCCUCUCUCCCAUGUCCAGCCUGUUUGGCUCCAUCUGGACCCCCCAGACCCAUUUCCCACCUGAGCGAUCGGUCCCAGUGUCCCCGAUGUCCCCAAUCACCCCCAUCACCCCACCACACUCCCCGUUCACCCGUGAGCCCGAGGGGACCUACAGGCCCAUCCAGUACUCCGGCUUCAACCCGUUUGGCCCGCACAUGAACCUGGACAUAUGGAACUCUUCGUCCAACCGCAGCUCCAACUCCCAGCUCUCCAACGACUCCGGCUACUGUGGAGACGUCUGAAUCAAAACCAACAUGGCAGAAACUUAAUAGUUGCAAAUGCAUAAAACCUGAUAUAUAAAAGAAAGGAAAUAAAAAUGAAUGUUCUUUUAUCAACAGUGGGGAAAAAUGUGAAUGUUUCUUUUCUUUUAUGUUCCAAUUUUCAGAUGUUAAUUGUUGUGAGAGGUGAAGCAUUUGUUGUAUAUUUUUCUAGAUGUUUUGCAGUUUUGAUCAUAGAAAAUAAAAAGCAAGGUUUUGUACUUGAAGAACUAUGG